AUGAUUAGUAUUGUAUUACAAUUGGUUGUAUGUUGUGUUAAACAGUAUGUUGAAUUGAAAAUUGGUCCCGGCAACUCAAUUACAUCUGAUGGGCAUAAAAUUGAUGAAGAAUAUGAUUCUGAUGGUGAAGUAUUAGAUUAUGAUACAUUUGUCUACAGUAUCUUAGAAUGUUUAAAUAGUCUUAUUUCAUCAAAACGGAGAAAUGUAAUGAUCAAAUAUCUUGAUGAUAUAUGCUUUGAAAUAUGUCAAUUUGUUCAACUUCCAGAGAAAACUUUGGAAACUUGGACAAAUAAUAUUUCUGAAUAUAUUGUCGAUUCUGAAGAGUUUUUCGCCUAUUCUGUUCGCUUGGUCACUAUGGAUUUGAUUAAAAAAAUUGCAUCCAAUGUUCCUAAUGGCAUUCAAUUUAUAAAUCGUUCUGUUAACAAGAUGUUAGCACUUUCAGAAGAUUUAAAUAACAAAGGUGUACCAUACUGGUGGAAAUUACUUGAAGCUAGUCUAUAUAUAUGUGGAAUUUUAGCUUCAAAUUCUGUGAAUAUAUUCACAGUAUCUACAAAAAAUACUUAUCAAAUUGUCAAGAAUACUACCACCAAUUCAUAUCUACUUGAAUUUGAUUUAUUUUAUACACGAUAUCUUAAGCCAAGUUUAGGACAGAAUGAUUACCCGUUUCUUCAAGCCACAGCACUUCAUUGUAUAUCAUAUUUUUAUCAGGCAAAUAUUUUAAAUGAAUCACAAUCACAAUCGUUCCCAAGUCUACUAGUCAAUGCUAUGUCUAGUACACAAUCAUCUAUAUUAAGAAUUUCUGCUAUGCAUUCAUUGAAUGUUCUUCAAACAUUUGAUGAUAGAAAAAAGAUGAAAUUGUCUACUACUACUCCAUCUACUAGUAGUACUUCUAUGAGUCUAAAGUGUAGAUCAUCAUCAUCAUCUAUUGUAUGGAGACAAAAUUAUAUUGUACCAUAUUUACCAAAUUUAAUAUCGAAUCUAUUAGAAUGUUUAUCAAUAUUCGGUGAAUCAGUAUUAGAUAUUGGUUUAUCUCGAUUAUAUCAUUUAUUAACGAUUGAUUUAUAUCAAUUUACACAAUCAAUAAUUGGACAAAUAAUUCCUAUUAUGAUUGGUCUUUUUAAACAUUGUAUCGGUGUUGCUACUACACUCUCCUACUAUACAAAGAUAAUUCGACUUGUAUACAAAGUGUCCAAUUCAAGUAAAGAGUCAAUUGAAUUGAUUGAAAAUGCAUUUAUGCCUACUUUAAUCAGCUGUUUAGAAAGUCAAGAGACAUCAGAUUGUGGAAGUGUUGAGGCAGCUUUGAAGGUAUUCUGUGUAUUGAUCAGUCCAUCAGAAUUUGGCAUCAGUUCAAAUCUAAUACAACGUGUAUUUCCAACUGUUGUACAUAUUGCUAUUACAAACACAGAUUCUAUUGUGAUUUCGGAAUGCUGUGAUGUGAUACGAUGUUAUCUGGCCGCUAGUCCUGAACAAAUUCUUGACUGGCAUGAUGAUGAAGGUAAUAAUGGAGUUGGUUACAUACUUCAUGUAACUUCUCGACUGUUAGAUCCUUCAAAUCCUGUUGAAUGGGCAAUACCAGCUGGUAAACUAGCUUAUGCAAUUCUAUUACGUUUUACUGCUCAUCAGUUAAGAGAGAAUACUGAUUUGUUAUUACGUGGUGUAAUAGCUCGUCUUUGUACAUUAUUCGGUGGUCAACAGAAGUUAUCAUCACAUUUAUCGUAUAUUGAUCAACAAACUGGUAUAUAUGGAGCAAGACAAAGUUUAUUGUUCGUAUUAAUUUUAUUAUUUCGUCUACAAACUAAAUUGGCGAUUGAUUUUCUAUCAACUAUACCAGAUCUAACUGGCAAGCCUAUACUACAAGAGAUAUUAUCUUUAUGGUGUAAUUGUCAACCGUAUUAUUUCUCUAAUUAUGAAAUUCAAGUGAGCACAAUGGCAUUAGCUAACUUAAUUCUGCAUACUAUCAAUAAUAAAGAUGAACGUGUUAUGCAGAUAACAAUUCAAGAAGAGUUAAAUACCAGUAAUGACCUAAGCGGCAAGGAUGACAAUGUUAUUCAGACUAGAGCGAAAUCUAACGAUAUUGAUGAUGAAGAUGAUCCUACUUCAUCUGAAGAUCCAAUCUAUUCAACAGAUCCUAUUAUGGAUGUAAAUUUAAAGGAAUAUUUAUGCAAUUUUCUGACUGAAUUAUCUCAUCAAGUCUACUACAAUGAGUUCAGUCGUUAUCAUACAUCUACAGAGUUGGCAACACUUCGACAAAUCGGUGUACUACCUCAAAUACAAUCAGAAUGA